GACCUCCCAAAGUGCUGGGAUUACAGGCGUGAGGCACCGUACCUGGCCAGCAAAACAUCUUUAAGAGAUAGGGUGAGAGAGUCUGGAUCCCCCAGGGGGAAUUGGGGUACGACAGUGUGCCCCAUAGAGAUUGCAUUGCUUGGUUCCCCAGAGGGCUUUUGUGUCUCUACAUUCCAUGGGGACAAUGUGGAAGGCUUUGGUCUGUAUUCUUGCUGUGAAGGGGAGUUCUGUGCAGUCUCAAUUCACUCACGUGGUAGGGAGGUGAGGUCAGAAUGGGGUCGGGAAGGAGAUCAUCCCAGUCAGGCAAUGAGUGGGAAUGUGGGGCUGAGGUCUGCUGCAGGGGAGAGCCCAGCUAGGGGAUGGCUGGGCUGGAAUAUGUGUUGGUGGUGGUGGGAGCUACAGAGUGUGGGGAAAGAGCCAUCCGGUGGGGCUGCCAAGGGUCGUGAUUUGCCCAUGUCUGGUAUGGGAGGUAGUGAUGGAGAUUUGUCUUUGGGAAGCCCGGCAUGGAGAGUUUUCAGCUCCGGCCCUGGGUGAGAGCUGUGAAAUCUGUGAGGAGAGCCAUUUGGAGGGUGGAGCCAGGGGCGAUGAUGUAACCCUGGAAAGGAAAGGGGUCAUCCUAGUGAAUGAUGAGAGGGAGAGAGCUGGGGGCUGACACACUGAGUGUGAGUGUGCCGGCGCUAUGACGUCAUGGGGCUCGAGAACUGGGUCAGGUGUGUCGGCCAGGAUGAGGCCUUGGGACAGCCGCACAGCGCUCGCAGGGAUGGGGUGGUGACGUCACGGGUUGGCGAGGGCGGGGCCUCGAAGGCACCGCUGGGCUGCGUGAGGUCAGGAAGGCGGCAGAGGCUGAGAAGAGCUGGGAGAGGCUCGGGACUGGAAUGAAAUCGGCCACCAGGAUGAGCCACUGGUCACGAAGCAAGGAUGGAGGAUGCAGCAACGUUGGCCAUGGACCAACCGGCUGGCCUGCAGGUGGACUACGUCUUCCGGGGUGUGGAGCAUGCCGUGCGGGUGGUGGUUUCCGGGCAGGUGCUGGAGCUGGAGGUGGAGGACCGGAUGACAGCUGACCAGUGGCGGGGCGAGUUCGAUGCCGGCUUCAUUGAAGAUUUGACUCACAAGACAGGGAACUUCAAACAGUUCAACAUCUUCUGUCAUAUGCUGGAGUCAGCCCUCACUCAGAGCAGUGAGUCAGUCACUCUGGACCUGCUGACCUACACAGACCUGGAGUCCCUGCGGAACCGCAAGAUGGGGGGCCGCCCGGGCCCUCUGGCCCCCAGAUCGGCCCAGCUCAACUCCAAGCGCUACCUGAUCCUCAUCUACUCCGUGGAGUUUGACAGGAUUCACUACCCGCUGCCCCUCCCGUACCAGGGCAAGCCAGACCCCGUGGUUCUGCAGGGCAUCAUCCGCUCACUGAAGGAGGAACUGGGCCGCCUGCAAAGGCUGGGCGGCCAGGACACUCGGGAGACCCGGGAGACCGAGAUCUGGCACCUGCGGGAGCAGGUGUCGCGCCUGGCGUCCGAGAAGCGGGAGCUGGAGGUGCAGCUGGGCCGAUCGCGCGAAGAAGCGGUGGCUGGGCGCGUGGCCCGCCAGGAGGCCGAGGCACUGCGUGGGUUGGUGCGUGGGCUGGAGCUGGAGCUGCGGCAGGAGCGCGGCCUUGGGCACAGGGUGGCCGGCCGCCGAGGCCAGGACUGCCGCCGCCUGGCCAAGGAGCUCGAGGAGGCGAAGGCAUCGGAGCGGAGCCUGCGCGCCCGGCUGAAGACACUGACCAGCGAGCUGGCCUUGUAUAAGAGGGGGAGGCGGACUCCGCCGGUGCAGCCGCCCCCGGCGCGGGAGGACCGGGCCUUGUCGUCCCGGGAGCGCUCCACGUCGCGAGGCCGCGGCGCUGCGCGCUCCUCAUCCCGGGAGAGCGGCCGCGGGAGCCGGGGUCGGGGCCGACCCGCGCGCCCCUCGCCCUCGCCCACAGGUGGUCGCGCGCUCCGCUUCGACCCCACGGCCUUUGUGAAAGCCAAGGAAAGGAAGCAAAGAGAGAUCAAGAUGAAGCAGCAGCAGCGGAACCGAUUAGGCAGUGGAGGAAGCGGGGAUGGUCCGUCCGUCUCCUGGCCUCGCCAGACCCGGCCCUCUGCUGCCGUGACUGGACGAGGGGACGCCCCUAACCUCUCGCGGAACCGUAGCUCCUCAGUGGACAGUUUCCGCAGCCGCUGCUCGUCAGUCAGUUCCUGCAGCGAUUUGGAGGAUUUUUCUGAGUCGCUUUCCAGAGGGGGUCCCCGCCGCCGUGGCAAGCCUCCCAGCCCAACGACCUGGAGUGGGUCCAAUACGAAGUCUACCCCUGUGGAACACAGCCACCAUGAGAAACGUCUGGCCAAUUCCGGGGGCUGGGUCCCCAUCAAAGGGCUGCCCUCUGAGGCAGGGACUGUUACCAUCCUCGUCUUAAGCGGAGAGAGCUGAGACUCAGCGACAUGAUUUGUACAAGCUCCUCAGAGCCCCCUUCGUCUCAGAACUCUGCCCUCGCCCCAGCCUGCUUCCUGCCCUUGGGGUCCACUGGGGUGACAGGAUCAGAGACAAAGUCGGUGUCACAACCGGAUACCGACCCUGGAGCCCCAGCACCUGGUUUCCAAGCCUGGCAAAAUCCUUAAGGCUGAUUGAUUCAGCACAUCUGAUUAAACGCAUCUGACUUGGCACAGGGGAAUGACCUAGAACAUCAGUGUCUUGGAGCUGUAGUAUGUGCCAGCUCAGCCCUGGUGCUCACAGCUUCCUUAAUGAUGCACAGACUGUCGGAACUUCCGAAUCAUGAGUCCUGAAUCUACCGCUUAGGAAGCCAGCUC